AUGAAGUACUACUCAAAGAAAGGGCAUAGGGAGCAGGUAGAGGCUAUGGGAAUCCCUCCAGACGUCAACAAUCCACCCUUUUAUAUCCCGUUGAAGCCGGUGGAAGGUCGGUACAAGUUGAUUCAAGAGUUGGGGAAUGGGUCAUUUGGGUCUGUCACGUUGGCGAAGGCGCAGUUUGAGAUUUCCCAGAUCAAUGGCAAGGAAGGGACGUUGAUGGACCAAUCAAUCAUCCCUACUAUUCGGGAGGAGAACUGGAACAACAAGAACAAGGGCCUUGUUGCCAUCAAGACCAUGAUGACCAGGUUGCCGACCUUGAACGACUACACGCGCGUCCGCGAGAUCAAGUUUAUUUUACAGAUUCCUGCUCACGCUCACUUGGUGCAGAUUUACGAGUUAUUUAUUGACGAUUCGUUGUACCAGCUCCACAUCGUCAUGGAGUGUAUGGAACAGAACAUCUAUCAGUUGAUUAAAUGUCGCAAAAGACGUGUAUUUUCUCUUCCUACCCUAAGGUCGGUUUUAUCGCAAAUACUUUCCGGAAUCAGGCACAUCCAUGCACAUAACUUUUAUCAUCGUGAUAUUAAGCCUGAAAAUAUUUUAAUCUCCCCAGCAAAUCGUUAUUACAACAAGGAUUGGAUUAGUGCAGGUCAUUACGCCGAUAAUUACGUUGUGAAAAUCGCAGAUUAUGGUUUGGCUCGUCAUGUGACCAACAAGUCCCCAUAUACAGCCUAUGUUUCUACGCGCUGGUACAGAUCACCAGAAAUAUUAUUACGUCAGGGAUCGUACUCAAGGCCUCUAGAUAUCUGGGCUUUUGGUUGUGUUGCUGUAGAGGUGGCAACGUUCAAGCCGUUAUUCCCGGGUGCUGAUGAGAUGGAUCAAAUUUGGAAAAUAUUAGAAUUGUUAGGAACACCACAUCCCUGCCAUGAAUCCAAAAUAUCGGGCUAUGUUCCGCACGGUGGCGCUUGGCUGCAAGCAGAACAUUUAGCCUCACGGCUAAAUCUAAAAUUUCCAUACGUGGAAGGCAAGGAUAUUUCUUGGGUAAUGUGCAACCCACAAUUGGAGUCACUAUGUGAUGUAGUUAGAGCUUGUUUGGUUUGGAAUCCGGAUGAUAGAGCCACUGUUGAAGACUUGUGCCAGAUGCCAUAUUUCUCCGGCACAAUCGUACACGAGGGAAAACAGACAUCUCUGACAGCUUCUCACUCAGCUCUGAUGUUUGCAGGGAUUAUGUCCACAUCUGGGAUACAGCAUCGCCGCCUGAUAUUUAAUGAAACCAAUAGUGGUAACUGUAACACUAAUGGCAAUCCGAAUAACAGUAGCAGCAACAACAGUAAUAUCAACAUUACUACCAGUGCAAGUAACAAACCUAGUGUUGUCAAUAUUACUACUGCAGCCACCACCACUACUGCAGCCACCAUCACUAAUACAAAUGCUAAUAAUACCAACAAAAACAUCAACAACAUUAGUAAUGUUAAUAGGAAGCGUGAUACUAAUGAUGAAAACUGCGUUGAGUCAUUGGCCCAUCCAAUUCCAAUUAAACGCACCUUGGCAAAUUUAUUAAGUUUCAAUAAGGAAGAACCACAAUUGAGCUUCCAGGAGUUCCUCAAAGAGAGUUCAAGCGACAAAAUUCGUUCUAACAACAGCAACAACAAUAAUAGCAGUAGUAACAACGCCAACAGUAGUAACAUAAACUACAACAGUCACCACCAGCGCCAUCUACAACAGCAAGCUCAGCAGCAGCAAAAUCGGCACCAUAAUCAGCAUAACAGUAACAGCAGUAACAGCAAUACUAUAAUUUCUCACUCGGAACUAAACGCUACUAACUUCAAUCUCAACGGCAGAGGAAAUGGCGGGAUCGGAGCUGUCUUUACUGAAUCGACAGUCCCUUGCCCAGAAGAUAAAGAGCUCUCGGCGAAUAUAGACUUAUAUCAAGAGCCACCCCCACUGGAGGAAGAGCAACCACUAUACGAUGAUAUAUUUGGCACGACAGAAAACAUAGAGCUGGAUGAGCGCGGCGUUAACGACGACGAAGGUAACGACGACGUCGACGACGGGGAUGAUGAUGACGACGAUGAUGAUGACGACGACGAAGACGAUGCUGAAGACGAAGACGAGGAUGACAGUUUUAUCCUGAUGUACAAAAAUGUUAUUAACCAUGGCAAUGCCAGCGGCGCUAACCAGAAGGCUACUGUGGAACCACCGGCAAGGAACUAUAUCCAUGGUCCAAACCGUCAAAGUUGCAGAGCAAUUGAUGAAAUGUCAAUUGAUGAUGCAUCGAACGACUCUCACAAUCAAAUACCUCGUGAUUUCAUAAUGGAACCUACGACAAUUCCUCAGCAUGAUAUAUUACCGCCGGCACAAGUUUGCCAUGAGCCAACCCCAAAUCAUAGUUUUGAAGAUGGGUUAAGUUUCUGA